AAUCAACAACCAAAAAAUAAAAAAUGGAAAAGUGGAUUCACAAAGUUGCCGUAAUCACAGGUGCGAGUACUUCCAUUGGACAACAAAUUAUUAAAGAUCUGGCAUUUUCGGGACUAACCGUUAUCGGAAUCACACGCAAAAAACACGUGAUAGACGCCAUUGCUAACAGACACAAAUCCCGCGGGAAAAUUCAUGCGCUCGAGUGUGACAUUGCCGACCGCGAUGCUAUUAAAUCCGCAUUUAAUUCAAUUGAAAAGGAAUUUGGGCGACUGGAUGUCAUGAUAAACAAUGCCGAGCACGGGACCCGGAGGAACGAGGAAUUGAUGAUGAAUUUUGCAUUAACGGGCGUAAUUUGGUGUACGAGUGAGGCGUUCAAACUCAUGGAAAAGGGGAAGGAAUGUGGAUACAUAAUAAAUGUGAAUGGCUUAGCAAAAAAGUGUGCUGUGAAAAAUCACACGGAGACCGUUAGACUGGAUUUAGCAAAUGCCAGAAAUCGACUUAUAAGGGUGACGAGUCUUUGUCCUGAAUGUAUCGACGAAAAAGUGUCCACAGAUCAGAAAUUAAGUCCAAAAGACGUUUCCAAUACAAUUUUAUAUCUUCUUAGCACUCCCCAACAAAUAAAUAUUACAGAAUUGACGAUUAAAUCAACGGGGCUUCCCUUGUAACAAAGCAAAAAUAAAAUUUAAAAAUAAUAAUUAAAAAAAUGCAAGCGAUUAUCGAUUUUACGAUGGAUUAUGAGCGGAUUCUGAUGUAAUUCCAUCCGACAAAGGUCUUUCCAUACCACACACACGAACGAAUUAUGGUCAUCAACUUAUGUCACUUAAUUUUUAUUCGGAAGCCCUUCAAGUUACCCUCCAACGUCGUCAUUGUUACAUGACGUAAAGUCUCCGAGGAAUGCGUUGAGUAACUAAUAACCGUAACAUUGAAGGCUCGUGUUACCCAUUUCAUCUAAAGUGCAUCUAAAUAUUUGAAACUUUCUCUCUCUCGCGACUUGCAUUAAAAAAACAAAAAUUCAGACAGACAAAAAAAAACAUCUGUGUCAGUAAUUAUUAGUGAUGGUCAGCAACAGUGACAGUUAAACGAUUAAGGUAAUAAUUGAGUUAUUUAUCAAUUACAUGUUUGUCUUUUGCUCUUUAAAAAAAUUAAAACCGGUAAUUAUGCGUCGACGUUCGAUGUCAAGUCGAGCAAAAAAAGUUGUGGAGAGUAGAGGAGGAGGAAUGAAAAAAUAUUUGACAGUUUUGUAAGAUGUUUAUAAAAUAAGAAAAGUAGUAAUAAAUGUUGGCGCCAAUGAAACAGAUAAACACUUCUUGCUGUGAUGCAUUAAAAUGCGAUUAAUGUUUGUUGAGAUUAAAUUUACAAGGAAUUUAGUGAUAGUGGAUCAAAAAACAUUAUUUUGACAAACUUUCAAGACACAAUUUUUUUGACACAAAAAUUACAAAUUUCACCAAGUAAUAACAGAAUGCAAUAAAAAUUCGCAAACUAAGUCGAUAAAAAAAAUAAAAAUUUGAAAAAAAAAAUCAGGGCAAUAC